AUGGCCAAUCGUUUGUCUGCGGUGCUUCCUAGAAUUAUUUCUUUGAAUCAAGGUGGCUUUGUUGCGAGUCAUUUGAUUUCGGAAAACAUUGCUCUAGCUCAGGAAUUAGCCCAACAUUUAAGCAAGCACUCAUGUAUGGCUAAGGCUUUUAAUCGUGUGGAAUGGGACUACUUGUUGGCUAUUUUGAGAGCAUUUGGUUUUGUUGAUAGUUGGAUCUCUCUUAUUCGUAAUGCUAUUUCUUCCAUUAAAUUUUCAGUAAAAAUUAUUGGUGAACAAGUUGGUUUCUUUGCAUCUUCUCAGGUGUUCACUAAUGGGUCUCAAGGCUCUCUCAAGGUGUUGAUGGAAUUCUUACAUUCUUAUGAAUAUGUUUCUAGUCAGGUCAUGAAUACUCAGAAAACCUCUUUCAUGGUUUGA